UAGAUUUUGUUAGAAGUUGUUCAAGCUUUCCAAGAACAGUUUUUCUUCACUCGCUAAUAAUUUUUUUUAAAUUAUUGUGGCUCCAUAAACAGCUGGAAGAAGAGAUGUAUAUCUAUACAAACGCAAAGCUUUUUGCAUUUGCUGUUGUUGGUGUGCUGUUCAUCAUGUUUGCAUUCUAUAUGGGGAAUUCGUGUAAAUGGGCAAAUGAGCUACCCAACAACAAUCUUCCAACAUCAAAACAAAGGGACCCUUCAGGAUCUCUAAAUUAUAAGUCAUCUUUGCCCACACAACAUCGCUUACCUGGUCCAUGCACCUGUCCUGAUGGCUUUACAGUUCUCAAAGACCAAAUCCCAAAAGACCAGUAUGAGGAAUUAAUGCAGCGACGAGCUAAAGAGUUCCAGCAAUACAAAGCCAGGACUAAUUCAAUACUAUCCAAGCUACUUUUUGCUUUGCCUAACUCUCCUCUGCAGUAUCCUAUCCAGGGCGUUAUAGUACGACCCUUGACUGCAACUGCGAUACCAGGUUUAGCUCUGCAUGCUGAAGAAGGAACGAGCUAUAAGGUUUUCUUAACUGUGUCAAAUGGUGUCCUAACCACAGAAACUCCAACUGCAGAGGCCACUGUUCAAGGUUCUGGAGAGACGAAACUGAUUAUUGAGUCUAGCAGCCUGUUGGUCCUCAAUGACCUGCUGGCCAAAGUGUCCUAUACCAGCACCAUCUACCACAUAAACACUGGAGACCUUGUCACCUUCCAGUUUGAAAACUAUGAAGCCGUGUUUCCCAUUACCAUCCAGCAGCCUCAUGUACCAGUCCUGUAUGACAUGGGAACAGAUAUCAGCUCUCAAGUCACCAUCAUCACAAAGACCUUUCUGCGUUACAAACAACUGAGGGUGUUGUUGGACAGCAUCCGGAAAUUCUAUAGUGACAUUAAAGUGAUUAUUGCAGAUGACAGUUUACAACCAGAAAGCGUUAAUGGAGAAAACAUCCAGCAUUACAUCAUGCCUCCAGCACAGGGCUGGUUUGCAGGCAGAAAUCUAGCUGUUUCCCAGGUAACAACCAAGUACUUUCUGUGGGUGGAUGAUGACUUUUUGUUUUCAGAGAAGACAAAGAUAGAGAAGUUUGUGGAGGUGAUGGAGGCGGUCCCUGAACUAGAUGUGGUUGGUGGGUCAGUACAAGGGAACCGCUUUUACUUUUCUAUUCUAUAUGAGGAAGGAGAUGAAAAUGAAGGUGGCUGCCUAUACAGGAAGUCUGGUGGAAAAUUCCACCGUCUUCCUGGUUACCCACAAUGCCAUUUGGCCAGUGGAGUGGUCAACUUCUUCCUGGCUCGUACAGAUGCCAUGCAGAGGGUGAGAUUUGACCCCAAGCUCCAGCGAGUAGCGCAUUCAGAGUUCUUCAUGGAUGGCCUGGGCUCUUUGAUGGUUGCCUCAUGUGGUGAUGUGAUAAUUGACCAUCAACCCAAAACACAGGAAAACCGUAAUCCUACCUACAACAAAUUCAGACACCCUGAAAGAAGUGAAGGCAAAUUCAAACUGCAGCUUCACUUUUUCAAAAACCACCUUAAGUGCAUUAGAUAUGGAUAGAAGACUAUAAACGCACAUAAGGGUCACUUAUUGUCAUUACAUAUUGCACUUAAUCUGAACAUUUUCGUCUCUUUCAUUUUAAUUGUUUAGCCAUUACUCCAGGAAUGACAGAGCUUGGGAUUCAUGUGAAUAAAGCUAUUUUUUCUUUCUGUUGGGUUUUAUUGUUCCUGAUUUUAUUUCUUUAUGAUUCUAUAGGCAGUUUGAUUUCUUAUGCUAUUGUUGAUAGGGUUAGUGUCAUAAGGUCAUGUUUUUAUUGUUAAUCUAAUAUAUCUAGUAAUAACACAAUAGUUUGAGUUCCUCUUAUUGCCUUGUUUUUAUGGAGUGCUGGAUGCUGUUCUAGUUUAGAAUACUUGAUUUUUCAUUCAGUUUCAGGUCCUACUUUGAAUAUGUUUAUGUUUAGUUUCUUUGUUGUUUCCUUAACUGUUCUUCUCCCUCUCUUGUCUAGUGGUGCGAGGAUUGAUACUGAAAUUCUGAUUCCUCCGAUACCAAAUAAUUUGUCUAUUUUAGUAGUUUGGGGAAAACUGGAUUUUAUCAUUGACAGAAAAGCAGUAGAAAGUAACUAUAUUAUUGUGAUCAUUGAAAUGAAAUAGAUAUAGAUAGAUAGAUAGUCUAGGAAAAUGGUUCUUAGCUUUAUUGUUGUUUUCAAUCAGUCAUAUUUGUUUUGAGUCAUUGUUAAUUGAAUAUUUUAAAGGUUUUGACAUUGACUGGGUUUUUUCCCUCUUGUAUGAUAAUUCUUCAUAAUUAAACAA